ACAAACGAAAAAAUUUAUUCUCUGUGUGAAACUUUUUAGAAGAAAUCGAACGUGCACAACGAUUAAAUGUGAUUGAACCAAGAAUUUAGUAUCGGAUUAAAUUUAUAGGAUAUAAAAUAAAGUUAAUCAAAUAAUAAAAGUUCAGAUAAAAAGUAUAAAAAGUGUAAGAAAAUGAGUUCAACAACUCCGACUGGUCCACCGCCAGUUCCUCCAACAAAGCCAAUCCUUUCAACGCCUGGAUCUUACAUGUCAACAUUUCAAAUGGGUCCUACUGCAACUAUACACAGUAUUAAUAAAACACAUGAUAAGCCUGCAAUUGCAGCACGACCUAUUCCACCUCCGACAGUUCCAAAAUAUUCGUCGUCGUUUGGAAAAAUUGAUCGGGACAGGAAUGAUUUUGGCGGAAGUAAAAUUGAUCGACUUGAGCGUGAAAAGGAAGGAAUUGGUGGUUCAUAUCGGUUAGCAAGUCUAGAUCGAUUAGCAAAUCGUCAAAGGUUAUUGGAGCAGAAUAACGGUUUGGGACAAUUGGAUAAUAAAAAUGGAACCACUGAAAAUGGUGGAAAUAUAACAACUGGGUUGCAAUCUAAGCGUGAAAUGUUUUUUAAGGGUGAAACGCAAAGUAGUCCAACAGCCCCACCACCCCAGCCACCUACACCACUCAUAACGCCAUCUAAUCAGAAUAACAACAACGAAAAACUCCACAUUACAACAAACGGAACACAUACGACUAAUAAUACAGUCCAGAAUAGCAUAAAUAAAUUAAUAAUGAAAGAGAAAGAGGCAAAUGACAUGAAUCACCAUCAAGAUUCAAAUAAAUUGGCAACGGAACGUCAAGAGAAGGAGAAGCAACAAGCAAUUGUACGGCCGAAAGUAAAGGAACUUGAUGGAUAUGUUGGAUUUGCCAACUUACCAAAUCAAGUUUAUAGGAAGGCUGUAAAGAAGGGCUUUGAAUUUACGCUCAUGGUUGUCGGAGAGAGUGGCCUUGGAAAAUCGACCCUUAUCAACUCAAUGUUUUUGUCUGACAUAUAUAAUCAGGAACAACAUCCAGGACCGUCAUUUCGUGCAAAGAAGACUGUCGCUGUUGAAACGACGAAAGUUUUAUUGCGUGAGAAUGGCGUUAACUUGACAUUAACUGUUGUGGACACGCCAGGCUUUGGAGAUGCUGUCGAUAACAGUAAUUGCUGGGCGCCAAUAAUCGAUUUUGUUGAAUCAAAAUAUGAAGAAUAUUUGACAGCAGAAUCACGUGUACAUCGUAAAGCUAUUUCCGAUAGUCGCGUACAUUCAUGUUUAUAUUUCAUCGCACCAUCUGGGCAUGGAUUAAAAAUGCUCGAUAUUGAAUUUAUGCAACGACUACAUGACAAAGUAAAUAUCAUUCCUGUCAUUGCCAAAGCAGACACUUUAACACCCGAGGAGUUGCAGCAAUUUAAGAAGCAAAUAUUAAAUGAAAUUGCACAAAAUAAAAUCAAAAUCUAUGACUUCCCAGAGCCACUUGAUGAUGAGGAGGAAGCUAAGGCACUUCGUAUAUUACGCAGUCGUGUUCCAUUCGCUGUUGUUGGAGCAAAUACGAUUAUUGAAAUUGAUGGAAGGAAAAUUCGAGGACGAAAGUAUCCUUACGGAAUUGUGGAAGUGGAAAAUCUUGAACAUUGUGAUUUUAUUGCUCUCCGCAACAUGGUUGUUCGAACGCACUUGCAGGAUCUUAAAGAUGUUACAAAUAACGUUCACUACGAGAAUUAUCGAUGCCGAAAAUUGGCAGGGCUUGGAAACGACGGAAAGACUAAAUUAUCCAACAAGAAUCCUUUGGCACAAAUGGAAGAGGAAAAACGUGAGCACGAGUCUAAAAUGAAGAAGAUGGAAGCUGAGAUGGAGCAAGUAUUUGAAAUGAAAGUCAAGGAGAAGAAGCAAAAAUUGAAAGAUUCAGAGCUUGAAUUGACAAGACGUCACGAUGAAAGGAAGAAGGCUCUUGAACUUCAAAUUCGUGAAUUGGAGGAGCGUCGAAAAGCAUUCGAGCAGGAGAAGAAUGAAUGGGAGCACUCGAAUAAUGUAACGUUGGAUGAAUUGAGACGAAAAAGCUUGGAAGCCAACAGCAAAGAAACAAUGGACGGUAAAGAGAAAAAGAAAGAGAAGAAAAAGGGCUUAUUUUAAAAAAUGCGCCAAAUAAUCUUAGACAUUAUACAUGUUUUCAAUUUGCUUAUACUGAUUAGGUUCCAGAAAAUAAAAUUGAAAUAAUAAAAUCCACUUAAUUAAUUGAUAGUGAAUCAUGUAAAAGAUGAAUUAAAAAUUAAAAAAAAAACUAGUAAUAUUAUGCAAUAAACACGUGACGAAAAUACGAAAAAAAGAGAGAGCUAUAAAAAAAAUUAUAUUUUUGCUUGAAUUAAUUAAUUUUUAUAAAACUCACUCCUGAAAAAAUUUCCAUUACGAGUAUGUAGAGCAGACGAGGGUGAUUUAAUUAAAUAUGAAGAUUUUCAUAUGUAAUGUAAAAGAUGAACGGGGAUAUACUAUUAAAAUUUAUAUUUUUGAGGAACCCCUCC